UCGAGCAGUAAGACGGUACGAUAUAAAGUAAUAAUAACAACGAAAUUUUAGUUGUUCAAGGAAAAAAAAAUGUCUUCGCCUGUGACAUCGUGUUUCAAGUGUCAAAUUAAUUUUAGCUGUGCAAUUACCUUAGAAUUUCACCAGUUGAUGUUCCAUUACAAAUCGGAUGAUAAUCUUGAGUCACAAGUGUACAUCGAUCCCCGGUUAACAGAUACAUCACAUCAAGAUGUAGGCGAACAAGUUCCAUCCUCUGAACAAAAUCCUUGCGAAGAGCCACAAAAUGAUAUCGACGAUUUCGAUUGGACUACAUUUAAUGAAGUUCUAAGUACAGAAUUGGAUUGUGAACUUGAGUCGCAUAUGGACCUCGAUUCGCAGUUAAUCAAAUAUCAAGAUGUACAGGAGAAUGUGGGUGAACAAACUUUGACAACAGAACCAAAUCCUUGUGAAGAGUCACAAAAUGAUAUCGAAGAUUUCGAUUGGACUACAUUUAAUGAAGUUCCAAGUAUAGAAGCGGAUUGGGAACUUGAGUCAUAUAUAGGCCUCGAUCCACUAUUAUCUGAACCACAGGAUGUACAGAAGAAUUUAGGUGAACAAGUUUUGGCGACUGAACCAUAUUUUUGUGAAGAGUCACAAAAUGAAAUCGAUGAUUUCGAUUGGACUACAUUUAAUGAAGUUUCAAGUAUAGAAGCGGAUUGGGAACUUGAGUCAUAUAUAGGCCUCGAUCCUCUAUUAUCUGAACCACAGGAUGUACAGAAGAAUUUAGGUGAACAAGUUUUGGCGACUGAACCAUAUUUUUGUGAAGAGUCACAAAAUAAAAUUGACGAUUUCGAUUGGACUACAUUUAAUGAAGUUCCAAGUACAGAAUUGGAUUGUGAACUUGAGUCACAUAUGGAUCUCGAUCCGCAGUUAAUCAAAUAUCAAGAUGUACAGGAGGAUGUGGAUGAACAAAUUUUGACAACUGAACCAAAUCCUUGUCAAGAGUCACUAAUCAAAAGUGAUGAUUUUCAUCAGACUUCAUUUAUCCAAGUUUCUAGAACUGAAGUCAAUUGUGAUCAAGAACAAAAUGAGCACCGUAAAACAGUUCAGAAAAAGUUUUGCAAAGAAAGAAAGGAUAGCAAGUGCAAUGUAUGUCAGAAAACAUUCACACAGCAAAGACAUUUGAAGACACACGUGAAAACAGUUCAUGACAAACAAAGGGACUACGAGUGUGACGUGUGUCAGAAAAGAUUUUCGAGUAAGACCUAUGUAAAGAUACAUAAAAAAGUGAUUCACGAUAAACAAAAGGACUACGAGUGCGACGUGUGUCACAAAGUAUUUUCAGAGCAAGGCAACUUGAAGCAACACAAGAACGCAGUUCACGAAGGACAAAAAAACUUCGAGUGCAACGUGUGUCAGAAAACAUUUGCAAAGCAAAACAACUUGAGAAGACACCAAAAAGCAAUUCAUAAAGGACAAAAGGAUUACGAGUGUGACGUGUGUCAGAAAAUAUUUACAAACCAAGGCCAUUUGAAGAUACACGUAAUAACAGUUCAUGAAAAACAAAAGGACUUUCAUUGCCAUGUGUGUCAGAAAAGUUUUACACAGAAAGGUUCUUUGAAAAUGCACAUGAAAACAGUUCAUGACAAACAAAAGGACUUCGAGUGUCACGUGUGCCUUAAAUUAUUUUCACGUUCGAGCCAUUUGAAAGCACACUUAACAUCAGUUCAUGAAGGACGAAGGGACUACGAGUGCGAAGUGUGUCAGAAAAAAUUUUCACAAAAAAACAACUUGAAAUUACACAAUAUAAAAACAGUUCACGAUAAACAAAAGGACUGCGAAUGCGACGUGUGUCAGAAAAAAUUUUUACAAAAGAACAACUUGAAAUUACACAUAAAGACAGUUCACGAUAAACAAAAGGACUACGAGUGCAACGUGUGCCAUCAAACAUUCACACAGAAAGUCCGAUUGAAUACACACAUAAAAACAGUUCAUAAAAACAGUUCACGAAGGACGGAAGGACUUCGAGUGCAACAUGCGCCAUAAAAAAUUUUCGGAUCGGAGCAACUUGAGAAGACACCAAAAGACAGUUCAUAAAUAGUAAUAAGACCUUGAUAACAACGGAUAUCAAAAAAGAUUUUUAUAGUGCGUCGAUUGCAUCCUUUGCCAUUAAAGGUUUUGACCACACAACCAAUUGACAACACUUAUACACAAUUGACGGCACUAGAAAACUUUUCACUAGUGACGAAAAGAUAUCGAAUCUAAGGUACAUUACGGCAUUUGGAAGAAAAUAUAGUUUUAGGAAACUAUAAAUAUUGAUUAGCUUGGACAUUAGAAGUAUUAUUAUGGGAUACUUAAAAUACCAGGGAAUAAUUUCUUAAAAAAAAAAAAAAAUUAAUUGUGAUCCAUUUACUUAUAAUCAAGUUUAAACAAAUUCAGUCAAUGUUUUGUAAAUUGAUAUUCAUUACAAAUUAUACUGUCCAAAACUUUUAUUUGUAAGUACUAAGAAUAAAUAUAUUACUCUCAUAACUACACAA